AUGGAUUUCCAACGCCUCCCACCCGCCCUCCGGUGGUGGUCGAUAUUACUACAAAACCCACGAGUUCUCCGUCGCCUACUCUCGACAACAGUGACCCACGAUGUCGCCUACACACCUUCCGCACCGCCCUCGAAAAAGUCCCAAAUACCACCACCACCGGCCCAAGAACAACGACCCCUCCUCCAUCUCACCUCCUCAACCCUGAACACUUACACGACCCUCCCAGCCCCAACGCCCCUACAACUCCGGCAAUCGAACGCCUUCUUCCAACGCCACGACCCUAUACUCCUGUACACCGCCGCGCGCUUCCUCGAACUCCCACCCUCACCCUACCCCGAAAUCGCCGUCCUCGGCCGCUCAAACGUAGGAAAGUCCUCUCUGCUCAACGCCCUCUUCGGCCGCCCGCGCCUCGCAAUCGCACAUACAAGCAAGAAACCCGGCAAAACACGCACAAUAAACGGGUAUGGCGUCGGAGGAGAUGGCGCCGCAGCGCCCCAAAACACGAAAGGGAAUAAGAAGAAAAAGGAAAGCGAGGGAGGAUCGCCACUAUGGAAAUCCUUCGGCCGCGGCGGCCUUCUCGUCGUCGAUAUGCCCGGGUACGGAGGCGGGAGUCGCGAGGACUGGGGCAAGGAGAUCAUGAGAUACAUCGAAAACCGGAAACAGCUCCGGCGGACGUACGUGCUCGUCGACUCCGAACAUGGGCUCAAGAAAAGCGACAUCGCCCUCCUGAUGUAUUUCCGGCAGAAAGGCAUCCCCUAUCAGAUCGUGUUGAGCAAAGUGGAUAAACUCCUCUUUGCGAGGUCGAAAGUGCCCGGUCCGGAGAAGUUGAGUAAUUCAUUGCUUCAGCUGGGGGAUGUGAAGAUGAAGGUGCAGGAGAUGUUGAAUGAGGAGGCGAAAGGGAUGGGGAUGAGAGGGGAUGUUGUGGAGGAUAUUUUGUGUAGUAGUGGGAAUCCUGAUAAGGCUAUAAAGGGUGCGACUGGGGAUAGGAAGAGGAUGAUUGGGGUUGAUGAGUUGAGGUGGAAUAUUUUGACUGUGUGUGGGAUGCAGGGGAGUGAGAAAUUGGAGUUGGGGAAGGCGCAGAAGCAGAAGAUGAUGGCUGGAAGGGGAUAA